GUUACUUUAUUCUGUGACUGCAUCGAACGUAGAAAGUACACUUUGAUCAGAAACCAAAAGUUUUAUAGUAGUAAUUAAAGAACUACCAACAUAUGGUACAUUCCCUAUAAAGUAUUGUAGCUAAUUUCAUAGAUGUAAAUUUAAAAUUGUAUUUGGAUGUUUAAACGUCUUUCCGUGUACACAAGUUCUGAAUUGAGUUAAUUUUUGUUCAGUUUUUAAAUAGAUUUGUACAUAUUGUAUUCGCAAAAUGUCGUCCGAGCAAGGAUGUAGCGAAAGUCUUAACCCGAAUGAUACGUUUAAAAUUUUAGUUGCAACUGAUAUUCAUCUUGGUUUUGAUCACAAUAAAAGAAGGGGACAGGAAACUGCUGAUAGUUUUAUUACCUUUGAAGAAAUACUUCAUCUUGGCAAAGAGAAUGAAGUAGAUUUUAUACUCCUUGGAGGAGAUUUAUUCCACGACACAAAGCCUUCACAAACUGCAAUAUUAAAAUGCAUGGAAUUAUUGAGAAAAUACUGUUUAGGUCCUAGAGAAAUCAAGGUAGAAUUUUUAACUGAUCCUGAAGUUGCAUUCAAACAUUGUGCUCACAAAAUUGUAAACUAUGAGGAUCCAAACUUAAAUAUUAGCAUGCCAAUAUUUUCCAUUCAUGGAAACCAUGAUGACCCAAGUUUUGGGGCAGUUGGAUCAAUGGAUUUAUUAUCGGCAUCUGGUUUUGUAAAUUAUUUUGGAAAAUGGACAAGUCUUUCUAAAAUUACUAUUCCUCCAUUAAUAUUGAAAAAGGGUGAAAACUAUAUUGCACUUUACGGCUUAAGUUACAUAAAUGAUCAAAGACUGUCACGGUUGUUGAGAGAUUAUAAGGUUGAUAUGUUACGUCCAAACGACAUACCAGAAUGUUUUAAUAUACUUGUUCUACACCAAAAUCGUGCCCAACACAACGAAUAUGGACACAUUCCACAAAACCAACUUCCAAACUUUCUUAAUCUUAUCAUAUGGGGUCAUGAACACGAAUGUCGUAUUACUCCAGAAUUUAUCAAUGAAACUGAAUAUUUCAUUUCUCAACCUGGUAGCUCUAUUGCAACUUCAUUGUCUGAAGGUGAGGCAAAACCUAAACACAUUGGUCUAUUGAGUAUAAAUGGUAUGAAAUUUAAGAUGAAGAAACUAAGACUAGGAACUGUUAGACCUUUUGUAUUCGACAAUUUGAUUCUGAGCGACGAGGAUAUACAAAAAGAUUAUAACAUGUCACUCUCUGAAUCUGUGUACAAUUUUGUUGAUAAUCACAUAGAAAAUGUGUUAAUACCAAAAGCUGCAGAACAAUUAUCAGGUCAUAUAAUGCAACCUGUACAGCCUUUACUUAGAUUGAGGAUAUUUCACACCAAAGAUGAAGAAGUAUUUGAUACGAAUAAAUUGGGACUGAAAUAUUGCGAAGAAGUUGCUAAUCCCAUGGAAAUGAUUGUAUUUCGUAAAGAUAAAAAUAUUCAUAAGAAAUCUAAAUCUAGUUUUAGCAAUAUUGAUGAUAAUAUUAACGACAUGGUUGAAGUUUUCGGCUGUAUUGAUGAGAAUGCAGAUUGGAACAAAAGUGUUCAAGAAGGAUUAAAAAAGCAUUUCAGUUUAGAAGAAAAUAAAGAUCUUCUAACGGUACUAACAGUGAAUGGUUUAAAUGAAGCAUUAAGCCGAUUUGUCGAUAAGCACGAUACUGAUGCCUUUAAAGAAAUAGUCAGGCAUCAGAUGAAGAAAACCAUUGCACAUUUAGAAACUUGCGAAGUUGAUACCAAUGAAAGUAUCGCUAAUGAAAUAAAAAAUUAUCGAGACAAAAGAAUAGAAAAUGACCAAGAAGACAUAGAGAUACAGCAAUUAUUGAAUAAUAAAACAACAAAGAAAACUUCUGAUAGCGACCAAUCCAAAGAUAUCGAAACACUUGAUAGCAGUGGAAAUGAAGAAACAGAUAAUGUUCCUACUACCAAAGGUAGGGGUAGAGGUAAAGGAACAGUAGGUAGAGGAAAGGGAUCACGAGGAGGUACUCGUGGUAAAGGUAAAGAAAGCGCUAAAAGUGCUCUUGACAUGGCAAUUACUAAACGUUCAUCUAAAACUACAGUGCAAACAAAGAAACAGGAUCAAACAACAUUACAAAGUUACAUGAGUACAUCAAAUAAAAAUAAAAUUCCUCCACAUAAAGUUUUUGUAAUAGAUGAUUCUGAUUAACAUAUUUCUUGAAUAACUACAUCUUUGAGAAAGUCAAUUAUACUGUAUAUUGAAAUAAAUAUUUAUUUUUAUUAAAACA